UGUCAACCCUCAUCAUCAUCAUCUGCUGCCAAUGCGCUCGUCGAGAGAGCUUCAUAGAUGCAAAUGACCACUCCUUCGACCCCCAACAAUUGCACUUCCACUUCCAGAUCUUAUUUUCAGACCACUGUUGGCCUCAGCGAUUGGUGGUUGGUCAAGGCCGAAAAGGACUUUCGCGGAAAGCGACUUGCGAUCGCCGGGAUCCCUCAUCGAGAUGAACAAGCUCUGCGUGUAUUUUCCUCUGCACCAAUCCUGAAGAGACAUGAUCUCUUUAACCUUGAGACUGCUGACGGUGUAUGGAUUAUCAUCAAAGGCCUAAUCAACAAGGCUAGAACAGAAGAAAAUGGGUUUCCAUCCGAGGUAUUUGACCAUUUUAUUAUUGGCUUUCCUCCUUAUUGGGAGGAGUAUGCACUUAAUUGCUUUGGAGGAGAAUCUCCCACUAUGGGCACUGCACAAAGUAACUGUGAUUCUGAAAAUUUAUCCCCAGAAGCAGGAAUAGUGGUGCCAGUUACAGUAGAUUUUACUGACUGUCCCCGCAUAAAUCACAAGAAUGCCAGUAGUGAAGAAGCAGAAGAUGACAAUUGCAAAAAAAAUUCCAGUAUAGAAGAUAGUCCAGCCGGAGGCAGAAACGAAAGUAGCAGUAAGUCAAAAAGUGGAGGGGCAAAACCUUCUGACGCUGUUUCACAGCAAGAAAGUCGGGUUCUUGCAAAAUUUCGUCAUAGUGAUUGCUACUGUAGGAAUGAGUCAGGUUUAUCUCCUAUGGUUCCUGAAGCUUCAGGAAAGGAACUAUCUUCAAGUAAUUGUUCAAUCGAACAAAUGGAAACUCUUGAACUAUCUGGAAAUAGUCUUGAUGAUAAUGUCAGGCAACCUCUAGCACAAGCAGGGUUUGAAGAGAACUCUGAUCCUCCAUCUGACCAGGCUAAUAUGUUUACUGACGGGGAUCGAAAACAAGAUCAGAAAAACAAGCGCAUUAGGAAAAGGGCUCGUAAAGUGAUGCAUUCGCCAAGUUGGCUUGGCGGUGUAGGUAAAAAAAGGGAGAAAAAUGCAGGUGCUAGUAAACGACCUAUGCCUAACCCUGCAAACUUCUCUGUAAAGAAGGGAAGUCCUAUAACUCGUAAGAAGAAGGAGGAGAGCUUUAUUGCUUUACCUGAAUCUCUAAGUCUUCAAAGAUCCAGAUCUGGGAGAUUGCUUCUUCCUACCAUGCAGUUUUGGCGCAACCAAAGAGCGGUGUAUGAUGCGGAUCGUCGAAUUAUGGGAAUCAAGGACCCGCAACUCAACCAGCAUACUAAAGGGAGUAGGUCUGAACCUCAAAGAAAGAAAAGGCAACUGCGGUGACUGUUCAUAAUGGCGCUCUUAUUGCCCAGUGAUGGCGAAAGGUAUGCAUUUGCAAAGAUUUUCAUGUCAUUAUGAACAGGUGUGGGCCAACAUAAGCAGCAAUCUGUUAGCGAUGUCAACAUGAUACUAUUGUUUUCCUUUUCUCUUUAGCAAUGACACAUAAGGUUUUCUUUUUUCAACACCCUCUUUUGCCCUUUUUUUUUUUUGUGGACCUAAUCACUGUAGAUGCAUGCGGUGGCAUUCCUGUUGCCAGCAGUGUAGUGUUUGUAUCUAUCCUACAUCCUUGGAAAUUAUUAAGGAAUGCUGUGCUA